UUGACCAGUGUGUAUACAGUUAUCGACUUCAAUACAUAUAGACAGAUACAUUGUCUGGUCUGGGCGCAGAUCCGGAAUACUGAUUUUCAUUAUUGUCCUGCUUGUUGAAUUUGACCGGCAUUUUCAUAAUUUUGUUGUGUUUUGUUCUGGGAAUAUGUUGUCUAUAAGGAAAGUUACUUCAAUUGCACCGGUUAUUCGAUUCGCUCGUAUGUGCACUGGUGAAUGGGGUUCCGGAGCUGGCAAGGGAGGAGGUGGCGGUGGCACUAUUCGUGAUGCUGGAGGUGCUUUCGGCAAAAUGGAAGUAGCUCAUGAGGAAGAAUACUUCUACAAGCAGCGUCAGGAACAGUUACAUAAACUGAAGGAAAAUCUUAUCAAACACGAGGAUUUCCAUGAAGAAUCCAUUAAGCAUCACGAAGAAGCAAUUGCUCGCCAUAAGAAAGCCAUUGAGGGUUUGAAAAAGAAAAAGUGAAAUACAAGCCCGGUUUCAUUCUUUAGACUGGUUAGACUGAGUCUAUUUUAGUUCAAUUCAGAACUUGAAUUUUUAGACUGGUUAGAUUGAUGAAUGAAGUAAAACAUCGUUGUAAUAUUCUA